AUGCACCACGUGUCGUCCCCUGAAUCGCCAGCGCUGUUGACGGCGCCGUCCGUUGCCAGCUCGGACGGUGAGGAAUUUCAGGUCGAGGAGGCAGUCGCCAUGGAGUCGCAGACCAUCCGCCACAUGAUCGAGGACGACUGCGCCGACAACGGCAUCCCGCUCCCCAACGUCGACUCCAAGAUCCUCUCCAAGAUCAUCGAGUACUGCAAGAAGCACGUCCAGGCCAGCCCCAAACCGGCCGACUCCAGCGCUGCCGCCGACGCCAGCUCCACCACCUCUACUGCCGCCGCAGCCCCCGCCGAGGACCUCAAGAGCUUUGACGCCGAGUUCAUCAAGGUCGACCAGAACACCCUCUUCGACCUCAUCCUGGCUGCAAACUACCUCAACAUCAAGGGAUUGCUCGACCUUACUUGCCAGACUGUUGCAGACAUGAUCAAGGGCAAGACCCCAGAGGAGAUCCGCAAGACUUUCAACAUCAAGAAUGACUUCACACCCGAGGAGGAGGCGGAGAUCCGCAAGGAGAACCAGUGGGCUUUUGAGUAGAAAAUAGAAAGCUUAGUAUUCGUGUUUUCUUUUUUGAGACUUCGUAUCAUCGUAUGUCGCUGCCUUUUCUAUAUCGUCGUAGUGCUAGUGGUCGUAAAUAUUCUGGAGUCUAAACGUCGUUUAUUCCUGCGUGAUUACCUGUGAAACUGAAUUAUUAAUUGUCAAGUGGACGUUUUGCUUCGUUACAUCAUUCUUAGCUGUGAUUUAUGCGUGUGA